GAUGGAUCCGGACAAGGCUGAGACUUGGGAUAAGAUAAAAAAGCUGAGAGAGGAAAAGGGGUAUUGUUACGAAGACGAAGUGACUCUUAGUAAGAAGACACUCGGCGACAAAUAUGAGCCUCUGUUGGAGACUUUCUACAAGGAGCACAUUCAUGAGAACGACGAAAUUCGAUAUGUGCAAGACGGGAGUGGCUAUUUCGACAUACGGGACAAGAAUGAUCAGUGGAUACGGUUGGAGGUCACCAAGGGUUGCAUGCUUAUAGAGCCUGCAGGCCUCUACCACCGAUUCAGCAUGGAUUCCAAGGACUACAUAAAGGCAGGGCGCUUUUUCAUCGGAGUGUCUGUGUGGACGCCACACUAUAGACCUCAAGCAGAAACGCACCCUACACGUGUGGCCUACCUGAAAUCUCAACAGAAGCAAGCAUAAUUCAUUUUGUUGUUCGUACACUUUGAUAGAUCACCGACGGAAGGGUCUAUUGAAAAAUUUAUUAUUCAUUUCGUUUUAAUUGGUAGGGAAAUCUCUCCGGAAACGUGCAUUUAUUUUGUUCAAAAUGGCGUAGGCGUUCGUAUGCGACAAUGCAACUUGUUUUAAGAUUAAGAGCCACUGCAUACAGAAGGAUUAAAUUUUAGGGUCAUCAUUAAUGCACAUUAGGUACACAAUUACAAUUAGGUACAAUAUAUAUAU